GGAAUGAGCCUACUUAGAAUUACUCCUUCAACUCAUAGUUCUGUUUCAUCUAGACUAUUGAGGCUUAGCAUCUUUCUGCUGCUUAGCCUUCCUGACUCAAAAGGAAAAGCCAUUUGGACAGCCCACCUGAAUAUAACAUUUCAGGUGGGAAAUCGCAUUAUAUCAGAAUUAGGAGAGAGUGGAGUGUUCGGGAAUCAUUCUCCUCUGGAAAGAGUGUCUGGUGCAGUGGUACUUCCUGAAGGAUGGAAUCUGAAUGCUUGUAAUUCUAUGACCAAUUUCAGCAGGCCUCAACAGUCAGACUCUUGGUUGGCCCUCAUUGAACGGGGAGGCUGUACUUUUACCCAUAAAAUCAAUGUGGCAGCAGAGAAGGGAGCAAAUGGUGUGAUCAUCUAUAACUAUCCAGGUACGGGCAACAAAGUAUUUCCCAUGUCCCACCAGGGAACUGGAAAUACAGUCGCAGUGAUGAUAGGCAACUUGAAAGGCAUGGAACUUUUGCACUUGCUCCAGAAAGGAGUCUAUGUGACGAUCAUCAUUGAAGUGGGGAGAAUAUACAUGCCGUGGCUGAGCUAUUACGUCAUGUCUCUGUUUACCUUCCUGGCUCCCACGGUUGCCUACCUGUUCUUGUACUGUGCCUGUAGACCUCGAGUGCCCAAUUCUUCUACCAGGAGGCGAAGACAGAAGGCAAAUGUGAAGAAAGCAAUUGCUCAGCUUCGACUGCGAGUGCUCAGAGAAGGGGAUAUGGAACUAGAUCCAAGUGAACACAGCUGUGUUGUUUGUUUUGACACAUACAAACCCCAAGAUGUAGUACGUAUUUUAACUUGCAGACAUUUUUUCCAUAAGGCCUGCAUUGACCCUUGGCUUUUAGCCCAUAGGACAUGCCCCAUGUGCAAGUGUGACAUUCUGAAAACUUAA